CCAGGAGUCGACGUGUGCAGAAGUCCUUAUAGUCCAGGGCCUGUUUCCCUGUAGCAGCUCCCUAUUGCUGGAGGAGAAAAGUGCCCCGGAUCCUUUCAGGAUUAAUUUAUUCAGGAAGGAAAUAAGAGAAAAAUACUCAACAUGCAAAAGUCUUGUGAAGAAAAUGAAGGAAAAGCACAGAACAUGCCAAAGGCUGAGGAAGACCGCCCUAUGGAAGCUGUACCACAGGAGGCAGAAAGAAAUCCUCUACCUUCUGAAGAAGGUGUAAGCCAGGAAGCAGAAGGAAACCUUAGAGGAGGGCUGACUCAGCCUGGUCAGGGAUAUAAAGAGGACACUCCGGUUAGGCAUUUGGACCCAGAAGAAAUGAUAAGAGGAGUAGAUGAGUUGGAAAGGCUUAGGGAAGAGAUAAGAAGAGUAAGAAACAAGUUUGUGAUGAUGCAUUGGAAACAAAGACAUUCACGUAGCCGUCCUUAUCCUGUGUGCUUUAGGCCUUGAAUUAUUUUUUUUUUCUGUCUGAUAUUAAAAUCUGGCCCCUGCUUUCUUUCUGUUAGCAUUUUCUGAUGUAUCUUUGACUUUUGUUUUAUUUUUAAUCAUCUGGUGGAGUUUUGUUUUAGGUAGUGUCCUUAUUACCAGCAUCUGGAUUUUGUAUUUUGACACAUUCUCCAGGUCUGUUUUUCAAUUGGGAAGUUUCACACAUAUGCAUGAAAAUAUGUUCAUUCCAUAUUGUAAAGUAAAACAUAACAGGUUACAAAGCAGCAUAUUUAGUAUCAGCUCACAUAUGUAGGAGAAAAUCUCAAAUUGUGUGUGUGUGCGUGUGCGUGUGUAUACAUACAUACAUAUAUCAAAAAUUUAACUGUGCUUAUUUCUGUGUGGUGUGAGUUUUUUUCUUUUUGCUUAUAUGUAUUUUUUAAUGAACACGUCACACAUACAAAAAGAAUUAAUUUUUUUUUAUAAUUAAGAGUCAAUCAAAUAAUUUGCAACCAGCUUAUAAGGGCAAUGGGGGCACCUAAAUUCUUGAUGAAAGAACUAUUAAAAAAAAUGUAAACCUCAAAUUACCUCUGGAUCUCUUAGCCAGAGGAAUAAAACUGGCAGUUAU